AGUGCAUCACACCGCUGCCUGCAGCUUUCGCUCAUCUUGACACUGAAAGCGGGUAGAAAAAGGAAUACACAUCUCAUCCUCCAGAUUGAAAGCGCGAAAAGGCGAAGGCGGGCAAAAAUGGAAUCGAAGCGUGCGCUGGUGAAGCGGUACGUCUUCGGCACCAACCAUGACGGUGAAAACUGUCUCCACUGGAUGGACGACGGCUCGCUCUUGUACCCGGUCGGCAAGACCGUCGUCCUGCAGCAGCCUCACUCCUGCCACCAGCGCUUCCUCGAGGCCGCCUACCAAAGCACUGCGAUCACCGCCGUGGCGAUGAGUGCGAACAAGAAGUUUGUUGCCAUCGCCGAAAAAGGCGAACACCCGCAGAUUCAAAUCAUCGACACCGUCACCCGGAAGCGGCGCAAGAUCUUGAGCGUGUCGGAGCUGGACAGCGACCACUACGUCGCCGUUAGUUUUAGCAGCGAUGGUCGACACCUGGUCACGCAGGGCGGUGCGCCUGGGUGGAACCUGUACUACUGGAACUGGGAGCGCUCGCAGCCGCUCGGGUCUGUCUCGGUGGCCCAGCUGUACCACUCGAGCCAGCAGGCGCAACGCGACCAGCCCGGCCCGGACGCGCGAGAGUCGGAGACGAAGCGGCAGCAGAAGCGUCCGCAGGAGGGGACAGACCUAGACGGGGCGGACCCAACAAGCCGCUCACGUUCAGGGUCGCGUGAGGCCACGAUGAUCGUCUCGAGCAUCGGCGUCUGCCCGCACGACCCACUGCUCGUCAGCGUCGCUGGCAACGGGUUCUUCCGUUUCUACCGCUACACCGAAGGUCUGCUGCAGCCGCAGCCCAGCACCGGCAUCCCACGGGAGCAGUACGAGGUCUUCUCUACCCACCUAUGGAUCACCGCCCACAACGUCGUGGCGGCCACCACGAGCGGUUACAUGCACCUCGUCCAGGACGGCCGCUUCGUCACCUCCAUGGAGCUGCCCACGAUGGGGGUGCGGCUGGACGACCGCCCGGUGAAUGCACAUGAGUCGAUGCUUCCGUCUGUGACGGCGGUGGACAUCGUGACCUGCAUCGCACCGACGCACCCGCCAGGCCCGCAGCAAGGUCCCCGUCGCAGCGGCUUCAUCGCCGCCACCAGUCGUGGAAACGUAUUCAUCUACGAGGACGUGCAGACCGUGCCGGGCCGCGGCGGCAAUAACGCCGCGGAUGUCCUACCUGCCGCCGCUGCCAAGGACGACAACAGCGGCGAUGCGGUGAGCUAUCGCUUUGUGUGUCGACUGGAGGUGCCGGUGUACGAGACGGGAGAGCAGCUGCAGACGGUGCCGCGGUCGGGCUCGCUGGUCGUCACGGAGGCCAACCAAGGGCCGGGGCAGCCAGCGAACACGGCUUCUGGCAUUAGCGGCCCUCGUCGCCCCGUCGAUGAACGAAGCGACGGCUCGUCGAAAGGCACGGGCGGCGGAGGGGUUGGCUCUGGCAAAGGACGGGUCGGGAAGUUGUUCGAGCUGCGGCACGAGGCACAGGGGAAAAAGAAGCCAGCCAUCACGAACGCGGCGGCCGGCGGUGGCGUCGGAGGCAAAGCAGCGGUUCAGCGGAAGGCGGCGGGCUCCGUGCGGGUCGACAAGGCCGACCGGUCGCGCGGCAACGCUAAGCGGGUGUCACUCAAUGGAAACAACAACGGCCAAAGCGUGUACGACGAGAGCUCGGCUGAGGCAGAGGAGCAACGCCGUCGUCGCCGCAUCACUGCCAUCGCGCUCGACCAGGCCGAGGAGCACCUGGCCGUGCUCACGGCGGCAGGCAAGCUGAACGGGCUGAACUUCCAACAGAACUGGGACAAGCGGGAGGAGAUGUUCGCCACGGCGGCGCUAGGUGGAGGCAGCGACGCUGUCAGCUCCGCCUUCGCUAAUCGCUCGGAUUUGGCAGCGGAGGCCAGUGCUGUGGUGCCGACGUUUCUGCCUGCCUCGUCCGUUCGGCAGCAGCAGCAGCAGCUGCAGGCGUCGUACCUGCCGCCGCGCGCCUCUCUUUUCGAGCCGCUCUAUCCCUUCUCGCAUAACGGGCGUGUCAACGGAAUGGAUUGCAGCGUGCGCAAGCCGCUGCUCAUCACGACGGGCAGCGACUGCAGCGUGCGGGUGUGGAAUACGCAGUCGGGCCAGCUCCUCAUUCGCCAGUUUUUUGCCACCGAGCCGGGUGCGGUGACCAUUCACCCCGACGGCUUGGUCGCCGUCGUGUGCUUCCCUGAAAAGGUGCAUGUGAUGAGUGUGCUGAGCAACGCACUGCGCGAGCGACGCAGCAUCAACUUGCGGAACGCGACGGACGUGCAGUUCGCCCUCGGCGGUCAGCUGUUCGCGAUUGUGCACAACAACCUGGUUGAUAUCUUCAACUCCAACACGUGCGAGUUGCAGGGCCAGCUGCGUGGCCACCCGCAGCGCAUCAAGGACUUCAAGUGGUGCUCCACCACGCCUUACCCCACCGACAACCGCGCCGUGACCUGCUCGGCGGAUGGCAUGAUUAUGGACUGGAACAUCGCCGAGAUGCGCAAGCAGACGGAGCACACCGACAAGCGCUUCCAGUACGUGGCGGUUGCAUCGGAUGACCGCAGUGUUUGGGCAGUGGCCGUGCCGACCUCCGCCACAGCGAUGGACGUGUCGUGGAAGGUGCUGCUUCGUGAGAUUGACCGGCAGAGCUUAGGCACGGCGGGCGUAGGCGCCGCAGCAGGGGCUGGCGGUGGUGGCGGUGGCGCCGGCACCGCUGCCUUCGCUGGCGGCAUGCAGGGCAACAGCGUCGGCGACUACGAGUUCACCGAGACGGUGCUGACGAGUCUCGCCGUGGCGCCGCAUCAGCGCGUGCUCGUCGCCGGUGCGGAGGACGGCUCCAUCAAGGCGAUUACGUUCCCGUUACAGGCGGGGAUUCAGGAAGCCCCGCUCACCGCCCACGCGCUGCCCGUCACGCGGAUUGCGCUGUCGUUUAACGAGACGACGCUCUUCACCGCCUCUGCCGAUGGCACGAUGAUGAUGUGGGAGGUGUACCCGGAGCGGGAGAAGUCGAAGACGGCGACUGCCGUGGCUGCAGGGAGCAGCACCACCACCGCCACCACCGCCGCCGCAGGAGCGGGGGCGUCGUCGCAGCAGCACCAAGACCCUUCCUCCCGCCAAGUCAUCGGCGGCGGCGAGGAGGUGCUCGUGACGCGGCAGGAGAUGGAGGAGCGCAGCAUUGAAAUCGAAAGCCUGCAGCACUACAUUGAGAAGCUCAAGACGGAUAUGGAGAGCGAGGAUAAGCGGCGCGCGCACGAGCAGGGCACCCGCACCCGCGAAAAGGCAGAGGAGCUGCAGCAGGUGGCGGUGGCCCUCGCGGCGGAGUACGACGCGCUCCACCACGCGAAGGUCGAUCAGGAGCGGACGUUUCUCGAUGUCAAGACGGAAAAGGAACGCGAGGGGGCGGGGCGGCUGGAGGACUUGGAGCUGCAGCGUCAACGCGAGGUGGACGACUUGGAGGAGGCGUGUGCGACGCUGCAGCAGACGCUGGAGGCCACCAAGACGGCCGACGCGGCAGAGGUGACGGCGCUCAAGGCGCAGCUCGCUAAGGCGCGGAGGGAGGACGAGGCGCACUACCAAGAUGUUCUGGCGCAGCGCACGGAGGCGGUCCGCCGUCUGCGCCGUCAGCUGGAGCAAAGCCGGGAAACGAAUAGACUCACGCUGCGGCAGCUGGAGUUGGACACCGACGCAGAGUCGCAGUCGGUGCAGCAGAAGCACCAACAGACGCUGCAGGGCGUGCGGGAGCGGUUUUUACACCUGAAGGGCGAGGGGGCGGUGAUGCGCAAGAACGCGACGCGCCUCGAGCGCGAGAUUGAGGUGCGGACGAACGAGCUUCAGCUGCUCGAUGGUGCGAAGGUGGCCCUGCAAGGUCAACUGGCAGCGCUGACGCAUCAGGUGGCGCAGCUGCACCAAGACAUCGACGAGCGUGAUAGCGUGACGGAGAAGAAGGAAAGGAUCAUCUACAGCCUCAAGAAGCAGAACCAGGAGUUGGAGAAGCACAAGUACGUUCUGGAUCACCAGAUCCGUGAGUUGAAGGGGCAAAUCGAGCCAAAGCAGCGCGAGAUUGCGGAGCUGAACCAGGAGACGAAGAACCAAAACGCACACUUAGAGGAGCAGCACACAAACAACAUGACGCUGCGCGAGAACACGGAGGAGCUUAAGAAGGACAUCGCAGAGCAACAGCAGAAGCUGCAGGCGCACCUCCGUGAACUGAAACGGCUUGAAACCUAUCGCUCCCGGGCGGAACGCGACAUUGGCGAGCUGUCGCAUCAACUGCAGGACCCGGCUGCGCUUGCGGCGGCCAUCACACAGCUGUACGAGGUCCACGUCGCACCACAGGACGUGGAGCAGAUCGCUCCGGCGGACCCGCAGGUAAAGCACGAACUGCAGUCGCAGUUGGAGUACCUCGCCACCUCCGUCGACGCGCUACGGCGCAAACUGAAGGCAGAUCAACAGCGCCACAAGAAGGAAGUGUCCGCGAUGAUGUCGGAGAACUUGUCGCUCAUUCGCGAAAUCCACGCCUUGCGGGCGGAGAUGGACCACCUGCGUGCGCGCGUUGCGGCAGACACCGUAUUGAAGCAGAAGCAGCAGCUUCGCAUUUCGUCCGCUGGCCGCGGAAGGCGCGGCGGCAGUCCGGGAGAGAAUCGAAGCACCGCCACCCGUCGCGCCAGUGCGGAGCGCGGGGCUGCUGAUGCGUCGCAGACGGCGGGCGUCGCGGGCACAGGGGGCAGCAGCCGCGCCGUGGGAUACCAACAAAGCGAAGUCGAAAGCAACACGACGGGCGCAGCUCGACGGCGGGCAGGCGGCGGUAGCGGUGUAGGCGGGCAGCGUCCCCCGACCCCGCCGGCGGAGAUUGAGAUGAACAGUAACGAGCUGCGCGCGCUUCGUGCGUACAUUGAGGCGCUAGAGCACACGUUGGCCGACCACGCCGCGGCCGCGGCCGCCUCCGCCGCGCCAGUGGUUCUGCCGCGAGUAGAUCCUUUUAGCCAAACCUAG